UUCCAGGAGAUGCGGAUGGGGAAGGAAGGGUAGGUGUAUUUAUCACGGCUGGGCUGCGCUUUGUUCUGGGGUUUUAUUUUGGGGUAUUAAGCACCGGUUCACGGCCGGAAUACUAGAGCUUGAUUUUAUUACUUGGAUAGAUUGUAUCCGGUAGUACGGCCAAGUAACAAUAUUGCGACGAUGGAGUUCCUGCUGAGCGUCGCGCAUCAUCUCCUCACGUCUCCACUUCUCCUCCUCGCCAUCAUCUUCGGUAUCAUAAUACUAUACGUAUCUGUAAUAAUCACCUACCGUCUAACCCUCCAUCCACUAUCUCAAUACCCCGGUCCCUUCCUCGCCAAAAUCACCGACUGCCAUCUGGCUUGGUACGCUUAUCGUGGCUCCCGUCACCUCGAAUUCCAACGCUGCCACGAAAAAUAUGGUCCCUACGUACGCAUGGGUCCGAAUUUUCUCUCCAUUAACACCUCCACGGCGCUAAAAUCGAUCUACGGGUUUCGUGCUAAUGUCAAGAAAGCCGACUUUUAUACUGCGUUCCCGGCGAAUAAGAAGACGGUGAACGUGCACAGUAGUAUUGAUAAAAUGCAACAUGCAAGGAAGAGACGCGUGAUGAGUCAUGCGUUUAGCGAUGCUGCGAUUAAGAACUUGGAGAAGUAUAUUUUGGCGAACGUGAGGACGGCAUGUAGGUUGCUAGGGGAACGGUCAGGGAAUGUAAGUGUUGGGGGGGUUGAGAAGAGUGGGUUAGGCGGGUGGAAGGAGGAGUGGAAUGUGGCGAAUUGGUGUAAUUGGCUGGUAUUUGAUAUUAUGGGAGAUUUAGUGUUUGGAAAGGCGUUUGGAAUGUUGGAGAGUCCGGCUAAUAGGUUUGCGGUCGAUCUAGUAGGGAACGCCGCGCAUAGACAUCUCAUUUGCGGAACUCAUCUUACGAUCCACAACUGGCACCUUGACAAAAUUCUGUUCCGCAAGAUUGCAGCGCAAAGGGGCCAGUACAUGCAGUACAGCAAAUCCCAGGCUGUGGAAAGAACGAAGCUUGGGGUCGACGUCGAUAGGAAGGACUUCUUCUACUAUCUCCUAAAUGCGAAGGAUCCAGAGACCGGGAAAGGAUUCAGUAUGGACGAACUAUGGGGUGAAUCGAACCUUCUCAUCAUUGCUGGCUCCGAUACAACAUCUACAGCAAUGGCUGGGACAUUCUUCUACCUCGCGCACAACGCCAACGCACUAGAGAAAAUUGCCAAGGAGAUCCGGCAGGCGUUCUCGGAUGUCGAGGAAAUCGUGUCAGGGCCGAAGUUGAGCGCAUGCGCUUACCUGCGUGCCUGUAUCGACGAGACCAUGCGUAUGACCCCUCCGGUUGCCGGCGCUCUGCCCAGGGAAGUCCUACCGGGAGGUAUUGAAAUCGAUGGUCAUCACAUCCCCGCCGGCAUCGACGUAGGAGUACCCCACUACGCGAUACACCACAACCCUGCUUACUAUCCCAAACCAUUCGAUUACAUUCCAGAGCGUUGGUUGCCGGAUCACAGAUCUAAUCCUCUCCAUGCGGUUCUCUCAGACGCACACAAUGCAUUUUGUCCAUUUAGCAUUGGACCCAGGGGCUGUAUCGGAAAGGGGUUAGCGUAUGUUGAGCUAACCGUCACAAUCGCUAGAGUGCUGUUCUUGUAUGAUUUACGGCUGGCCCCGGGAACGACAUUGGGAGAAGGCGGUUCAGACUUGGAGAUUGGGCGGACGAGGUCUAGUGAAUAUCAGAUUGAAGACCGGUUUGCAAGCAUGAAGGAUGGGCCAGUCUUGCAAUUCCGAGCCAAAGGAGAGCAUAGCUUCAAUAAAAGAUUGUGAGUAGCAUGAUCAGAAGGUAGCUCUGAUGGAUC